AAUGGAACCGACACAUUCCCCAACACAUUCCCCAACACAUUCCCCUACACAUUCCCCAAGGCGUCUAUUCUGUAUGACACUGAACCACUUCAGUUGGGAAGUCGAGGCAUCAUCAAGCAAUGGCCCUUCCCUUCCUGCUCCACCAUUUAUACUUCUCACUCCGGCCUUCCCAAUCACCGAUGAGAGUUGGAGCAAUGGCAAAUGCACAACCAGCAAAGCCCGAACUGUGCAAGGAAGGAGGAGACAGAGACGAGAUGCUGAUGAAGGAGCUGGCUGAUACAUGGAAAUGGAAGAGAUGUCCGCAUUGCAAAAUUUAUGUUGAGAAGAUCGGAGGCUGCGUCCAUUUUACUUGCAGGUGCGGAUCAGCAUUUUGCUACGGCUGUGGAUCUAAGUGGGUUGAUGGCCAUAGUUGUUGUUUUAGUUAGAAUUUGGUUUGGAUAUUAAGAAUAUGUGGCGUAUAAACACACUAUGAAAUUAAGACUUCACUAUUUGAAUGGUAAUGUUCAAAACAAACAAGCUUUUAUCCU